GCAUUUAGUCUUCCUGGAAUUGUGUCGGACAACAUGUGGCAUACAGUUCAGCUUGAACGUCGCGGACAAAUCCUGCGUAUCUGGUUAGAUGGAACAGAAACAAGUCAAAGUAUCUUACUGCCUAGAAUGGACUUUUCGGUGGGUGGAAUCGUGAUUGGUAGAUGUUAUCAGUCGAAACACCCUCUGGGAGUCAAUCAAUUAACCGAAAGUGUACUUGAUUAUGUGGGACAAAUACGGCACUUUCAUUUUAAUGGCAUCACAUUCAACGGGAUAAAACUUUCAACUUCAACAGUCGGGCUGUCUUCAACUGUUGACGGGUUCCGUUGGAUUGUCGAAGCGACUUCGGACAUUGAAGAACAUGAAUCAACGCCUUCGACUGACCCAGUCCAAGGAGUGACAUUUGCCACCCAGUUCCUGGAUCCUGAAUGUUUCGCGAAGAUUUCUGUUCAGAGCUCUGAAGUCAUAUAUCCAAUCAGCUUUAAAUUUCGGCCAUAUUCGUUUGAUGGAAUUGUGCUCUAUCACACGGAUUUCAAGAACACCACGGCCCUCAUCCUGGAAAUGACCGGGGGAAGUCUACGUGCUGUGGUGCUCGCGGAAAAAUAUAGACAUGAAGUAAAUAUUUUGAAUGGGAUUGGGCUGAUCGGCAAUUGGAUUCAGCUCACUCUUGUCAGGCUGGAUAAAUUUGUGGAAGUUCGCAUUGUUCAUUCAGCAAAUGGGAGCCCGUCAGUCACAAGCUGGAAAAAACUGGAAUUGCCAGUCAAUUUUCGAUUGGAUACGCGUGCAACCCAACUGAUUUUUGGAAGCGUGCCGAGGGAAGUCCGACAGACUGAUAUGGAGAGCGGUGAAGGAUUUAAGGGUUGUAUUGGAGAUAUCAAAGUUUGGAAGAAUCAACCUGUGGACAUCUUGCAAUACGAAAUCAAACAUGCUGCAAACAAGUAUGGGUCUGGGUACUGCCGUACCCGUGUACGACCAGGGUGCUCAAUCAACUCGAAGAUUACGUGCUUGGAUACCGAAACGAAAAAAUUGUAUGGAGAAAGCUCAGCAGCGAGACGAUGUUGGAACGACGGUCGAUGUGUGCAGAAAUGGAGGCAAAACGCUUGUGACUGCAAAGGAACAGCAUUCCAAGGACCAAACUGUGAAGCAAGUGAGUACUUUGCUUUCUCAGAAAUAGGUAAAGAUACUUCCUUUUAUGAUUGCGUCAUAAAAGAAACGGUAAUGGAUCAAGGUGUGCUAGAUUCAACUGUGGAGUUGCUCGAAUUCAGAGUUGGGACAACGGUAUACUUUGGUCACAAACAAACGAAUGUGACAACUGCCUCCAGUAAAUUCAUACCGGAGAUUCCGGGAUACAUUCAGCUACAAUUUUUUCCCUGGGUGCAUACGGUUAGAUGGGACCAAUGGGUUGUCGGCAUGCAGACAGAUGUGCGAAACGAAAGUCCGCAAGGUAAACCGGACGGGUCACGUAUGACAAUUCUGCGUGUGCUUGAGGAAGAUCAGAUUGGAAAUGCUCUGCACCUGUACUUGGUAACUAAAUCUAACGUUUUUGGUGUCUCCGGACAACUGAAUGUGCUGAGUCAGGCCGCAUCAUGUUCCCAUUGCUACGAUACUCGAGAUAUCGCAAUUCGUGUAUAUGCGUGA